GGACGGAUUACAGUUUUUAACUCUUCUGUGUGGACACUGAUGGUGUGUUUUAUUCAAGGAGAGACUUUGCUUCUGAUUUAACAGGAACAUUUAUUAUUUUUCAUUACGCGCUGCGUUAGAACUGAGUUUGCUGUUCAGGUGUAGAGUCGGCUGAUGUGCGCCUUCGCUUUGUGUCAUACUGUCGCUAAAAGUAACUUCUCAGACUUGUCAUAUGAAUCCGUAAAGUCCAGCACUAAAGACACGACAUUAUGGCAACAUCAAUGGAAAUAACCGAUUAACCGAGAGCUUGAGACGUUUUCUACACUGUGGGAUAGAAAAGACUGUCGUGGAGGUGAGGAUUCACAGUCCUGUGUGGGAUGUUAACAGACUGGUGGUGCGUUGAGGCUGAAGGAGCAUGGUGAAACACCAACCCUUACAGGUCUAUGAGAAGCAGGUCUUUGUGUCCUUUGUCACUGGGAUCUAUGGUUGCCGCUGGAAACGCUACCAGCGUUCCCAAGACGACAGCUCCAGGUGGGAGUGUACAUGGUUCAUCAUCUUGUGCAGUUCUUUCCUUCUGCUUCUCUUUUGGGCCUACUUCUGGUUGGUGGCUCAAAAUGAUUUCAAUGAGUUCAACUGGUCCGUAUACAACCGCUCUGGAGAAUGGAGCGAUGAGACGAUCCCCAUCCUCGCAUCCACCACCGUGGGAUUCAGCUACAUCACGUUCUUACUGAUUUUAGCUCUCUUCCACAUAUCCCUGGGUCAGCAGCUGAACCUCUACUGGGUUCACAAGAUUGGAGUGCUGGCUACACUGCUCACCACUGUCUCUGGUGUCAUCUCUGUUGAUGACGUAUGGGGAGACGAGUGGGACAUCCUGCUGGUAUCACUGCAGUCCACAGCUCCAUUCCUGCACAUUGGAGCCUUGGCAACAGUCACAGCUAUCAGCUGGUUGGUAGCUGGAUAUGUGGUCCGCAGAGAGAGAUCCAAUUUCCAGAUGAUGGUGUUAUUGAUCUACAUCAUUAUCCUCCUGGCUGUCUACGUAGCACCACUCACGUUCACCUGCCCCUGCAUCAUGGACCGAGACAGCCUCAGACAUCGACCAGACAUCAUUGGUCGACGGGGAGCUCCUAUGCUGGCUCCAGAAAACACCAUGGUGUCCUUCAACAGAGCCCUGCAGCAUGGAGCCACCUCCCUGGAGGCCGACGUCACUAUCAGUGUGGAUGGGGUUCCGUUCCUCAUGCGAGACCACACGCUGAGGCGAACCACAGACGUCAGUAAGGUCUUUCCAGCCAGACAGUUCGAUGACGCCUCUUUCUUCAACUGGACAGAGAUUCGCUCUCUAAAUGCAGGCCAUUGGUUUUUGGAGAGCGACCCCUACUGGACAGUAAAGACCCUGACAGCGAGGGAGCGGAACAGAAUAGGCAACCAGACAGUCUGCAGCCUGGUGGAGAUGCUGCGUCUGGCAGCCAGGUCCAACAGCUCUGCACUGCUUAACAUCCGCAAGCCUCCACCAGAGCAUCCGCGCCACCGCAGCUGGUUCAUGGAUACGCUGUGGGCUGUGCAGAAAGCAGGCAUUUCCCAGAAGCGGGUGAGGACUGUGACGUGGACCCCAGACACCGACAGGGGGAAGGUGCGAGGGCUUCAGCAGACCACAAAUGAGAAGCUGUCUGUGGAGGAGAUAAGGCAGAGGGGAAUUACAAGCCUGACCCUCCACUACGGCAAGGCCAACCACAGAGACAUACAGGAGUAUCUGGCCAAUAAUGUUAGUGUGACCGUCUACCCAGUGAAUGAGCCCUGGCUCUACUCCAUCCUGUGGUGUAGCGGGGUGCCUUCUGUGUCCUCUGAUGCCCCUCAAGUCCUCCGAAAGGUGCCUUACCCCAUCUGGCUCAUGAGCCAGAGCGCUUACAGCUUCAUCUGGAUCUCUUCAGAUCUGGUCUCCCUCGCCGUAGUCAUAGGGAUUUUCUGUUUUCAGAACUAUCAUAUGAUCAGGUGGAGGAUGAGCGGGAUGCAGAACUAUAACCCAGAGCAGAUCAUGCUGAGCGCUGUGACGCGACGAUCCAGUCGGGAUGUCAAUAUCAUGAAGGAGAAGCUCAUAUUCUCAGAGCUUAACAAUGGGCUCAGCAGCACAGAGGAGCUCUCUCUGUAUCCUGAAAACGGUUAUGCGACAUACUCUCACGGAGGCCUCAGCCGAUGAACAAAACAAUCAGAUGGGAAAUCCUGGAUGUUAGUUCGACAAUGUUUGAAAUGUAUUUUAUUGUGAGAAGAAAAAGCAAUACGCAAACUGAUCUGUUUGGCAAAUUACCCAGGAAGGGAUGACAGUAUAAUAUACCUUUUCUAAAGUACAGACAAUGAGUAUUUCUGCUAUAGUGCUAUUGUGUAGAUUUCUUCCAUAAUUCUGUAUUAGACUGCCAGUCUAAGCCACAAUACUCUAAGAUAGUUCACCAUUUACUUUUGAGGUUGUUGUAAAAAGUCACUUUGUCAAUUUCAACACAAAAUUUAGCCUGAAACAUCAAAAUCACCACUGUGAAGCUGACGAAUGGGCAAAUUACUCAAGAUCAUGUUGAGUCAGACGGAAUCAGAAUCGCUGAUCAGGUGAAACUUGACUUUGUUAUAGUUUAAAAAAAAAACUUCAACUCAUAUUUUAAUGUAGAAACUUACUUUUCUUGGAACAGAAAGUGAAUGAAACACAGUGUGUUUGUCAGUAGAAUAGCCACUCAUUCAACAUUAGGAGCUACAUUUUAGUCAUCUGUGUGGUUAUUGGGCCAAAAAUCCAUCUGACCAUGAAGAAGAAUUUCCGUUUGUUCUGUUUGCUUCAGUGACCUUCUCAAAAGUUUUAUUUGAGCUGAUAAAGCUGUACCGUUGUAUAUUUUCCAUGUCAUUUACUUCACUGUUGUUUUAUAACAGAGGAAAUGAGCUGUGUAGUGUUCUGUAUUAUACACUGAUGUAAAUAUGAGUCGUUUCACAUGUUUUUAUUUUUUCUCUCUGAGAGGUUUGGACAUAUGAUCAGCAUAUUUUAUGUUUGCAUUUAUCACCAUUAUGACUGACGUUCUCUUUGAGGUGUGACAGACAGAUUAAGGCAGAUGUUUUCCUGCAGUUUCAUAGGGUGGUUUAUCUUCCUUAUCUUUUCUUUUUUUUUCCUUUUUUUUUCUGUGGGGGGUGGGGUUGGGGGUGUCAAUGUUUUACUUCUUUUUCUGCCUUUUCUGUCAUGCCAUGAUUGAUUUACUUUAUCGUCAUAUUAGUUAUUACACCUUUCACAUGGCUGCCUUUUUGUUAAAUGAAUGGACUGGUAGAAUAUUGUUUGUCUUUAGUUUAAUCGUAGGGGUAGAAAUUUCAGACUGCAUCUACACUUUUAGCCGCGGACAUGUCAAUAAAAGUGAUCUUUCCUCGUU